AUGGCUCCAACUGCUACUACUUCCGGAUCUUCUGCUUCUGCUUCAACUAAUUCUAACAGAAAAUUCAUCAAACGUCCAGAUGACAAAGCUAUUAGACAAGAAAUUGACAAGUUGAAAGAUGAAAUUAAAAAAUUAGAUCUUUCCAACAAUGAAAUCAAUGCUCAAAUUGCUAAGGCUCAAAUUGAUGAAAAAGUUAUUCAAAAGAGAAACAAGUUGCAAGCUGAAUUGAAAACCUUGAUUGCUAAACAAUCUCAAGGUAAAAAUGAACGUCAAACCAUUAAUGACCAAAUUAAAACUAUUGAUUCUUCUAUGAAAAAGAAGAUUGCUGAAAUCCAACAACAAACUUCAAAGAACAACUUUAAGAAUGCUGCUGAAAUCGAUGCUAGAAUUAACCACUUGGAUAGUAUGAUUGAUGCUGGUAACUUGAAAUUGGCUGAUGAAAGAAGAUACGUUAAGGAAAUGUCUUCUUUGCGUAAAUUACGUAAAGAUUUUGGUUCAAUUGAAAAGACUCAAGCUUUGAUUGAUCAAGACAAGGAAAAGAUUGCUGAAUUGAAGAAGAAAUUGUCUGCUACUCACAAUAAGGAAGUUCAAGCUAAAUUUGAAGAAAUUCAAAAAGAAUUGGACACCAUCAACGAUUCCAACAAAUCCAUCAUUGCUAAAAGAAAUGAAUUGUACGAUAAAAGAACUGCCAUCAAGAAGGAAAAGGAUGCCAAAUAUGAUGAAAUUAGAAAGAUCAGAAGUGAAUUUGAUGAAAAAUUUGCUGCUUUCAAGAAACAAUUGGCUGAAGAAAAGAAGAGACGUGAUGAAGAAUACAAGCAAAAAUUGGAAGAAGAAAAAGAACAAAAGAAGAGGGAAAGAGCUGAAAGAGAAUUGGCUGAAGCUUCUAUUCCAGCUUUUACUGAAGAAAUCAAUUCUAUCCACAAUUUGUUGAACUACUUUGACCCAUCUUAUGUCAAACCAACCAAGAAGACUGAAACUUCUACUUUGCCAACCAACACCAACUUGAGAAAGAUUGAUUUCCCAGAAGAUGUUGUUAUUAUUAAGAAGGAACAAGAAAGUUUCUUUGCUGGUACUAGAGGUAAGAAAUCCAAGGCCAAGAAACAAUCCAAACCAAAGAACUUUACUGUUGCUCCAGAUAUUGUUAUUGCUUUGAGUGACUUGGCCAUUCCAUUCCCAACCAAGGAAGAAGAAGUUGAAGGUACCAUCAAGACUUUGAAAGAAACCUUGACCGCUCUUGAAGAAAAACAAGAAGAACAAACCAAAGCCAACAUUGAAAAAGCUAAAGAAAGAAUUGCUAAAUUGAAUGAAGCUGCUGAUGAACAAGAAGAGGAAGAGGAAGAGGAAGAACAACAAGAAGAAGAACAAGAUGCUGAAUAG